AUGGAUUACGAAGACCGACCAAAGCUGUCGGUAGAUGCCGAGAAAGAAAUCACUCGAUUAUGGCGAACAUGGAAGACAGUAUUAGAGAUGCUUGUCGACCGCGGAUAUGCCAUCUCCCAAGAAGAGCUGACCAUCUCUCGAGACAAAUUCCAGCGGGAUUACUGUGACAGACAAACCGGAACCGCAGACCGGAGAAUGAUGAGAUUACAGGCUACUCCUACGGAAGAGAUGAUCAAGCGCGAUACCCCCAGAGCGACUGCCAAAAACCCAAACCCUUCAACCACGGCAGGCACAAUCUGGGUCGAGUUCAGUCCAGAGACCACAAUCGGUAUUAAGCACCUGCGCGCAUUUGCUCAGCAUCUUGAUCAACAUAAAUUUACUACUGGCAUUUUCAUUACCAUCGGACCCGUCACUGGUGCUGCCCUUCGAGCCUUCGAGCCUUUGACAGAACGUGGGAUUACGGCAGAGUGGUUUCAAGAGCAGGAUCUGCUUGUCAAUAUCACGAGACACGAACUGGUCCCCAAGCAUGUCUUGCUUAGCGCGGAAGAGAAGAAGGUUCUGUUGGACCGAUACCGGUUGAAAGAGACUCAGCUGCCGCGGAUUCAAUAUAGCGAUCCUGUGGCCAGGUAUCUAGGCUUGAAAAGAGGGAACGUGGUCAAGAUCAUCCGGAAGAGUGAGACAGCUGGUCGGUAUGCCAGCUACCGGUGGGUCUUCUAA